AUGGACGAAGCAUGUAACCUUCUGGGCUCGAUGCCGAUUGCGUGGGCCAAUCCCGGGCAAGCUCAAUUUGAUUUUCGCACCUUACCAGGUGAUGUAGUAACGACACCGACAAUAUCCAUGCUGCGUGCCAUUAUAGAGACCUCACUCCUCGAUGAUGUUUAUCAGGAAGAUCCUACAACCACAUCUCUUGAACGACUUAUGGCCAAUAUGACCGGACAUUCACAAGCUGCAUUCGUUCUCUCUGGGACCAUGGGAAACCAAGUAGCCCUCCGCACCCAUCUAACCCAGUCUCCACAUGCAGUGCUUUGCGAUAGCCGUUCCCAUAUCAUCCACUGGGAAGCAGGCGGACUUGCAAGCCUAUGUGGAGCAAUGGUUCAAGGAGUGUCCCCAGCAAAUGGAGCGUUCUUGACUUUGGAAGACAUUCAACGCAAGGCGAUCUUGAGUGAUGAUGUUCACAGAUGCCCCACCCGCGUGAUAUCGCUGGAAAAUACAAUUUCCGGCCUCAUUCAUCCGCUUUCCGAAAUCCAGAGGAUCUCCGAAUGGGCUCGCCGACACAAGGUGAAGCUUCACCUGGACGGCGCAAGACUUUGGGAGGCUGUUGCCGCUGGCGGUGGAACCUUGCUGGACUAUGCGAAAUGCUUCGAUAGCGUGUCAUUGGACUUCUCCAAGGGGCUCGGAGCCCCCAUGGGCGCAAUUAUAGUGGGGGAUUCCGAGUUCAUCGCAAGGGCGCGACGGAUUAGAAAAAGCAUCGGCGGUGGAAUGAGGCAGGCAGGUGUUCUAAGUGCUGCUGCAAGAGACGCAGUUGAAGGAUUUCAUGACGAGUAUGAACCGGGCGAGAAAUUAAGGUUCGCGCAUGCUCUUGCCCGGAGUGUUGCUGAAAUGUGGAUUCGAAAGGGAGGCAAGUUGAGUAGGCCCUCACAGACUAAUCUCGUGUGGGUAGAUUUGAACGACGCGGCAGUUAGCUCAGAAGAAUUCCAGGACAUUGGUAGGAAGUAUGGUGUCAAAGUAGAUGGUAGUAGGAUUGUCCUGCAUUAUCAGAUCAGUGAUGAGGGGAUACGGAGACUCGGGUCAACAUUUACCGAAGUGUUAUCGAAGCUACCUAGGUAG